AAAACAAAACCAGACUUUAAAUUAAUGAGUAACUUCUCACCUGGCCAGGUCAGUCACUUUACCUGUUUUAUCAGAAGUGAGGCUAUGAAAGGUGCUUGUUCACGUCUUUGGCAAGGCAUAAGUUGAUCGUAUUCUUUUAUUAAUAGAUCGGAGCAUGGACAGCUGGAAAACUAGAAAUUAAGGACAUAGUUUGGCCUGGGGACAGUCCCGUCCCUCCUAGGGGGGUGCCAGAAAAAUUCAACUUGAAGAUAACCUUUAUGGAAGAACCUCCGUACGUGAACCUUGUCCCGCCAGACAACGAGACUGGAGAGUGUAAGACAGACCGGGCAGUCCCUUGCCGAGUUGCACCGGAGUCCGAAUUGGUUGGAGUCAACAUGACCUUGGCCAUACGAAAUCCCAAGUAUUACAUGUGCUGCUCUGGUUUCUGCAUUGACCUUCUCCAAAAAUUUGCCGCUGACCUCGGGUUUACUUACGACCUUUAUCGGGUGGAGGACGGAAUUUGGGGUGUCCUAAAUAACGGCACGUGGAACGGAUUGAUAGCUGAGAUCGUGGAAGGUCGAGCAGAUGUCGUCGUCACCAGUUUCAAAAUCAACUCGGAGCGACAAACAGCGCUCGACUUCACUCUUCCGUUCCUCGAGACUGGCAUCACUAUCGUCGUCACUAAACGAACCGGGAUAAUUUCCCCCAAAGCCUUCCUUGAACCGUUCGACACAGUGUCCUGGCUGCUAAUCCUACUUGUCAGUAUUCAAGUGGCAGCUUUCACUAUCUUUCUCUUCGAAUGGCUAAGUCCUUUCGGGUAUGACAUGAAAGUCUCGCCUCAAAGAG